CACGCGGCCAAUCAGUGCCAUGGGAAUCUCUCUCUCUCUCUUUCGCUCGGUCUCUGCGCGUGCGUGCGUGCGUGCGCGCGCGUGUGUCAACUAGUUGUUAGCUAGCGCUAGCCACUCAGCUAGCUCGUUGAAACAUUUGAACACAGGCUCCGUUUUAAAGCCGAGAAAACUGCUGUGGUUCAUCACCGGAGAGGACCCCCGUCCCCCUUCGCGGCAUUGCCUCUCUACGUUUAAUGCCAAAGAGGAUGAGGGACUUUGAGAAAACGAGGAGAAGUUAGUCAACGCCGACCAAAAGUGAAGCUCCAGCUUUUUUUUUUUUUGGACACUAGCCUCUGCUCGCUAGCAUCCCUGAGAAGGAAAGCUCUGAGAUUUUUUUUUUUUUUUUUACAAGGACUGGAUGCGGAAGGAGGGUAUGAGGCAAGCUGGGCAGCUAAUGCUAAUUGUAAGCUAUGCUGGGAUCCAAAUGUGCGAAACAUUUCACCGCGAGCACAGUUAUCAAAUCUACCGAGCUAACCGAAGCUAACAUUAGCUAAUGACGAGCGACUAACGUCCACCUUAGCGAUUAGCCGUGCUAACUUGUUGUAGGCUGGCGUUACAUGGAGCCGGUUAACGAUCGGGACAUCACCCGGGUUUGAAAUGUUGAUAUAUGCGGCCUAGCAUUAGCCGGCUGACUAGCGUCGGGGCUAUCUCGGUGUUGUUGUACGUUUGUCAGGAAGUUUGCAGCCGCUGUCGAUCAUGUUGUCAUAUUCAGCGAGGUGAUUUGAAGUCGGCGGCGAUCGAGCGGGUCGAGCUUUACCCACCACAAAUGCACAGGCAUAUUCGUGAGCUAGGCUAAACUGUGUGUUAGCUCGCUAAUGUCAAUCAUGAACUUAACGUAGCUGGCACAUUAGAGUAGAGAGUUUGAGCUCUUGUCUGAAAUAAAAUAUAUAUAUCAGCUAUGUUGUGUGGCUUCCCUGAUGGGUUGGUUUGGUUUGGUUAGGAGACAUCUGCUGACAAACGUUUUUAGUCUUUGUGGUGUCAUUCAAACCUUCUGAUUAAAAAUAUAUAUGGUUAACGAUUAUUACCGAGAUCUGACAUGGAAGUGAUGUGUGUGGUAUGAAAUGAUCUCCUUUAAUGUUUGACUUAAAUGCAGUCACAUUGACUCUGUGAUCUUUUGCUACAUUGGUUCAGGAUCAGCUGGAAGUCAAGAGGAAACAAUCUGGUUUCAUGAUCAUCAUGCGGGAUGUGAGGAAGUGAAGUAAAACAGCUAGGGAGAUACUUUGAAAAGUGCUGAUCUCAACAACUAACAUGUGCAUGUGGACAGCUGACAGGUUUCUACAUUGUUUCCCCUCACAUAGCGAUUUUCAGUGUCAUUUCAUGAACAGAUAACUGCUUACCGCUCACUUUUUCCUCCCACUGAAAGUUUCAGAUCAUUUUAAAAUGUAGCUUCAUGUAAUGAAACAAACCAGCUCUGAUCUUUCUUACAGAUGAAUGUUAUUUCAUACAUUCAGUGGGUUACCAAUUUGCCAAAAAGUCACUCUCCUGAUUACCCAACAAGGAUUGGGCUGGGGUGUGGCAACGUUGGUGCAGGGAGCGAUCACAUACUGGCACAAGAAUAUGCAAGGACUCUUGACCUCAACUGAAGUAUACAUAUCCAAGACACAGAACUAUUGUCCUUGAUGAAACAGUCUUGGUUAACCUGCCAUCCCCAAUGGAAGUGCCAUCAUAGACACAAGAUACUGUGGCUCGGACUGCUGCACAGUUUCUUGAGCUACAGCCUCGGAAGAAGCUUUUCAGCUUUUGGUUGAACUUGAAGGAGGAUAUGGGUUCCCAAGCUCUUCAGAUACUACGGCAGGGCGUGUGGGCUUCACUCACAGGAGGCUGGUAUGUGGACCCCCAUCAGAGCACGUUCUCCAACUGCUUCCACCUCUACCUUUGGAUAUUCCUCCUGGCCUUCCCCUUUCUCCUGUACAUGGCUCUUCCUCCUAGCUUGGUGGUGGCGGGCGUGUACUCCGCUGUGGUGGCUGUUUUUUUCACAGCCAUCAAGGUGGUGAACUACCGGCUCCACGCUAUGUUUGACCUCGGGGAGAUCGUGGAGAAGAAGCAGGCUUCGCUCACAGCUGAAGCUCCAAAAACAGAAGAAGGAGAUGAAGGUUCAGGUCCCCAUGAUGUGAAUCAGCACAGGGAUAGUCAUGUUGGCGUAGAGAUGACUGUGUUUCGGAAGGUCAACUCAACACCCCCGGUGCGCUGUAGCUCCCAGCACUCUCUGUUUGGCUUGAACCAAGUGUCGGAGUUCUUGCCACAGCUGGAGGAUACAGGGGGCACUAAGGAUAUCAAAGAGCUAAUGCGGGAACAAGGGAGCAAUAAUGUGAUUGUUACAUCAGUUCACCGUGAGAUCCUACGGCAGAGUUCCCAGGACGCAAUUAGGGCUCCCAGCGUGGUCCAGUCCUGCAUUGCUGCUGCUCUGGGAGGGGAUUUUCCCGGUCUUAUAGGAAUAUCUGGAGUGUCAGGUGGAUUUGGAGAAGCUGGGGACUGCUUGUCUAUACCCCCUUCACCCUCCAGUCAAGAAGAUGGAGGCAAUAAAGAACAGUUGCAGGAAGUUGAAGAGUUACCAGAACAACUGUCUCAACACAAUCCUGAGGACGAAGGACUGGGGGCUUAUUCUCCCCUUGGCCCGUCUGCUGAAUCUGGGAGCCUCGGGGAUACUCCCCUCAGCCCCCUUAUAAAGAGCAGCUUAAGUGAGGAGCUGAGUGAAAACCUCCUGGGGUUGGGCCUUGACCCCGUGGCAUUUGCACCCGGGACUGAGCACCCUGGCUGCCGCAAUGGGCUAGCACUAGUUGCUGGAUCCACGGACAGCUGUUUCAGUGCAGGUGGAGCCACCACAGACCGUGAGACACUAAGCACUGUUAGCAGCUACCGCAGUGAAAAAACGGAUUCAACUCAGCUGGAAAGUCCUUCGUUCAGCCAGCCACGGCCUGCAGAUGGACAGGCUUCCGCCUCAGCACCAGCGCUGGGCUCCAACGUCCUUGGGCCCGCAGAUGAUCCAUCCGGACAGGGUGGCAGUGAUACUGACAACCUGUCAGACAGCGUGCUACUGCGUUCCCCUUCCAAAGAAUUCUCCCUCAGCCAGGGUCUAGACAGGACGCUUGUUGAAGGAGAGGAUUUGCCCCCUGUACUAUGUGAUAUUGUACAGCCCCCUCCUCUUCAGAACUCUUCCCCUUCAAGUAGUGGCCACUCAGAGGUUUGUGAUUUAGACCACAAUGCCCCAGUUCCUCCUCUACCCCCACCUCGGCAGGCUAAUUCAGUGCCCUCAGGGCUGGCCCUGGGUCUGGUGUGUUCUGAGCCUGCUUUGCCCAUAUCCUCUAUCCCCUUUUUACUGCCUGACCAGUCUGCUCUGCAAGCCCAGCAGGUUGUGCGCCCUAAAGACUUAAAGCUGCUGCGGGCCAGCGGCAGUAGUGUGGGGCACAGGCCAGGCCGAAGGAAAGCUCCACGAAGGCGAGCCAGAGCAGGGAGCAGUAGUUUUGACUGUGGCUCUUACAGGCGUCACCACAAUCAUAGACAACACAGAGAUUACAUCCCGGUGCGCAACCGACUGGGCGCCAAGGCUUACAGUGAAAGUCUGUUUGAGGAUUCCAGCGACGAGGACGAUGGCAGUGACAUGAGCGCUGGUUCUAGUCUGGGCUCUCAGCGACGAUACAGCUCGGAUGAUGAUGAUGAUGACGAUGACUCGAGUUCCUCUACCUCCUGCUACUCCCCGGACCUCGCUAACACUGGCAUUACAUCCCCACUCCCAUCUGCUGCUCAACUCCCCACUCCAAGGGAAGGGGAUGUACCCGAAACUGCUGGCCCCUCACAUUCUCGUGCUGCUCAGCGCUCCUCCAGCACAGCAAGUGCUAAGACUCAUGCGAGAGUGCUAAGUAUGGAUGGGGCAGGUGGAGGCCAGAGCAACGCAGCGGCUCUGCCUUCUACUCUGCUUACAAUGCCCUCCCCCUCCACCUCCACCCCAGCACCACGCUCUCUCACCAUCUCCAAGUCUGAUCUGGAAGCCCGCACUAUUCACACUGAUGGCUUUCCUGGAACUCACCAUCAUCGACUGGAUUCACUCGGAGGUUCUUGGACCGGCAAUCAGAUGGCCUGGAGGGCAGAAGAGCUGGUUGAAGAGGGAGCUGUGGGAGGAGCCAUGGCUCCAGAGGAUGGGGGCAAACACGACUCAGUCAGCAGUGUUAAGAGGACCCAGGCCAUCCGCAGGAGACACAAUGCUGGGAGUAACCCUACACCACCCCCGUCGACCAUGGGAUCCCCUCCUAGCCUUCAGGACCUCCAGCGGGCUCGUACCUCCUCUCAUUCGCGGACCCGAACACUUCCCUCAGCCUUACAGUUCGCCUCCUCACUCCUGUUGCCCCGUAGUGGCAUUCACGAGGCCUCCACCUUCGACGACACAUCAGAGGGCGCGGUGCACUAUUUCUACGACGAGAGCGGAGUAAAGAGGUCCUACACAUUUGGACCUGCAGGAGGUGGUUAUGAGGAUCCAGUUCAGGAAAGGGAGAGGCAGUCCCAGUCCUCAAGCUUUACCUCCACUGAGGUCCAGGAAGGGGCCCCAGUCCUGUCCAUGCUACAGCCCAGACCUGUGGUUUUACAGGGCAUGCAGUUUGAUCUGGAUCACGAGUCUCUACAAGAAUCCCAGGAAAACACUCUGAUGAUUGAGGAAAAAGCUAAACCCAAACAAUACUAUCGCUUUUGGGUGCUUCCUGGGAAGUGGCUGAGGGUUCGAUAUGAUCGAUUGGCUCUUCUGGCCCUAUUGGACAGAAACCGCCGUGUGGGAGAGAAUGUAUUUGCUGUGGUGCUGGCCAGUCUGGUGGCCUUCUUGGGGUUCCUCCUGCUGCUCCAGGGCUUUUUCAGGGACAUCUGGGUCUUCCAGUUCUGCCUGGUCAUCGCUAGCUGCCAAUACUCCUUACUCAAGAGUGUACAACCAGAUGCAGCUUCUCCCAUGCAUGGCCAUAACUGGAUCAUUGUGUACAGUCGGCCGGUCUACUUCUGCUUGUGCUGUGUGAUGAUCUGGAUCUUUGACCUAUCCGGGCGCUCUGGCAACCUGCAACCCUUCUCCCUCUAUGGUGUCACCUUCUUCUCUGGACACUUCCUGCUCUGUGUCAGGGAUAUGCUCGUUGUGUUUGCCUUGUGUUUCCCGGUCAUUUUCCUGUUUGGGUUGCUACCUCAGGUCAAUACUUUUGUGAUGUGUCUGCUGGAGCAGAUCGACAUGCACAUUUUUGGUGGAACCGCCACUACCAGCCCCCUCUCAUCUCUGUUUAGCCUCAUACGCAGCAUGUUGGUGGCUGCUCUGCUGUAUGGAUUUUGCCUCGGUGCGAUCAACGCACCAUGGGGGGAUGCCCAUGUGCCAGUACUGUUCUCUGUGUUCUGUGGCCUACUGCUGGCCUUAUCUUACCACCUCAGCCGCCAAAGCAGCGAUCCUACCAUCCUGUGGUCACUGGUGCGGUCUAAGUUGUUCCCAGAGUUGGAGAACCGAACACCAGAAGAACCCCCUGUCGAGAUCAAGGACCCUCUUCCAGAGAAGCUGCGUAACUCUGUGAAAGAGAUUCUUCAUUCAGACCUCGUCAUGUGUCCCCUCAUGGCUGUGAUUACCUUCGCCAUCAGUGCCAGCACAGUUUUCAUCGCCCUUCAACCUGCUCUUAGUUUCGUCUUGUACAUCCUGGCCGGGGUUGUAGGCUUCAUUACACACUAUCUCCUGCCUCAGCUCCGCAAGCAGCUGCCAUGGUUCUGCCUGGCUCACCCUGUGCUCCGCUCCAGAGAAUACAGCCAGUUCGAAGUCCGAGAUGCUGCUCAGUUGAUGUGGUUUGAGAAGCUGUAUGCAUGGCUUCAGUGCGUGGAGAAAUAUUUCAUCUACCCAGCUGUUGUGCUCAACUCCCUCACGACCGAAGCUCAAACUGUGGGCCAGAACCAUAAAGAACUGGACAUCUACAGCCGAGCUCUCUUCAUCUCAGUAGCAGGCAUGAAGUUGCUGCGUUCGUCCUUCUGCGCCCCGUCACAGCAGUACGUCACGCUGUGCUUCACCACGCUCUUCUUCCACUUUGACUAUCCACACUUCUCGGAGACUUUCUUAAUCGACUAUUACUUCAUGUCCAUUCUCUUCAGCAAGAUGUGGGACCUGCUGUACAAGCUGCGCUUUGUGCUGACUUACAUUGCCCCCUGGCAGAUCACAUGGGGCUCAGCCUUCCAUGCCUUUGCUCAACCUUUUGCGGUGCCCCACUCUGCGGUGCUUUUUGUCCAGGCCAUCUUCUCUGCCAUCUUCUCCACCCCUCUCAAUCCUGUGCUAGGCAGUGCUGUGUUUGUGACCUCGUACACCAGACCUGUAAAAUUCUGGGAGCGAGACUACAACACCAAGCGUGUCGAUCAUUCUAACACCAGACUUGCUACUCAGUUAGACCGCAACCCAGGUGCCGAUGACAACAACCUGAACUCGAUCUUCUACGAGCACCUUACGCGCUCUCUGCAGCACAGCCUGUGUGGAGACCUGUUGCUCGGCCGCUGGGGCAACUACACAACAGGCGACUGCUUCAUCCUCGCCUCGGACUACCUCAACGCCCUGGUGCACAUCAUCGAGAUCGGCAAUGGCCUGGUCACAUUCCAACUGAGGGGCUUAGAGUUCAGAGGUACCUACUGUCAGCAGAGGGAAGUAGAGGCCAUCACUGAAGGGGUCGAGGAGGACGAGGGCUGCUGCUGCUGUGAACCCGGUCACCUCCCCCACAUGCUGUCAUUCAACGCUGCCUUCGGACAGCGCUGGCUGGCCUGGGAGGUGGCAGCCACCAAGUAUGUACUAGAGGGCUACAGCAUCAGCGACAACAACGCGGCCUCCAUGUUGCAAGUUUUUGACCUCCGUAAGAUCCUCAUCACAUAUUAUGUCAAGAGCAUCAUCUACUAUGUGAGUCGAUCCUCUAAGCUGGAAGAGUGGCUGACGAACGAGACAAUUCAGGAGGCUCUGCGGCCUUGUCUCGGGCCUAACUACGUAGACAGCGACCCCACCUUCAACCUGAACAUUGACGAGGACUACGACCACAGGGCCUCCGGCAUUACCCUCUCUUCUUUCUGCAUGGUUUACUUGGACUGGAUUCAGUAUUGCAACAGCCGGCGUCAAAUGCCAGUGACCUGUGAAAGAGAUUCUCCACUUGUCAACCUCUCUUUCGGGUUGUGCAUCCUGGGAAGACGAGCUCUGGGCACGGCAUCCCACAGCAUGUCUGCAAGCUUGGAGCCGUUUCUCUACGGCCUCCACGCGCUCUUCAAGGGGGACUUUCGCAUCACAUCUCCCAGGGAUGAAUGGGUGUUUGCAGACAUGGAUCUGUUGAAUCGAGUCGUGGCACCAGGAGUGCGAAUGUCCCUCAAGUUGCAUCAGGACCACUUCACCUCUCCGGAUGAGUACGAGGAUCCUAUGGUUCUGUAUGACGCCAUCACUGCCAAUGAGGAGAAGAUGUUGAUAUCUCACGAGGGUGACCCCGUGUGGCGCAGCGCUAUUUUAGCAAACAUGCCUUCACUACUGGCACUGCGCCACAUCAUGGACGAUGGCAGCGACGAGUACAAGAUCAUCAUGCUUAACAAGAGAUUCCUCAGCUUCAGAGUCAUCAAGGUGAACAGAGAGUGUGUGCGUGGGCUGUGGGCGGGGCAGCAGCAGGAGCUGGUUUUCCUGCGCAAUCGGAACCCAGAGCGUGGCAGCAUUCAGAACGCCAAACAGGCCCUGAGGAACAUGAUCAACUCCUCGUGUGACCAGCCCAUCGGCUACCCCAUCUACGUGUCCCCCCUCACCACCUCAUACGCUGGGGGGCACAGCCAGCUCCGGUCUGUGUGGGGAGGACCUGUCAGCCCACACAACAUUUACACCUGGCUCAUCAGCAGCUGGGACAGGUUACAGAAGGGUUGUGGUGCCGGCUGUAACAGCGGAGGGAACAUUGAGGAUUCAGACUGCGGAGGCGGCUCCACCUCUAUCUCGACCAACCCGGCUGUACACACCACCCAAAGUACACCAGCCUCCAGCCUUCCCCAGCCGUACAUCACCUCUAUCCAGCCCUCCAUGGGUACAGACAACCCCGUAGGUCCAACUCAGAACUGGCCUCACCACCCCCAACCUCUCCCAUUAGCUCUGCUCAGCCAAUCAGAAGGCAGAAUGGAGGCAGGACUUCUCACAUCCCUACAGCGCACAUCCUCCAUCCAGGGGCUCCUGGGCCAGCAGCUUUCCAGCUCCCAGCUCUCCUUCAGCGGAUCCGUGGCUCCACCUAGUUUGCCGGGACCAGAGCGCUUCUGCCCAGCAAGCCUGCUGGAGAACUCGGGGCACAGAGUGGGCCAGCGGGCUGGCCUCAGCCAUGGCGGUGGACUACACUAUGAAAGCCACUUUGGCAAGUGGAGUUUUGCGGGCAGGAAGGCCUUUAACGGACCAGCUACAGCGGAGGGGGAAGGAGGAACAGUACAGACCAUACGCACACAGCCUGCUCCUCCCGCACCCUUACAAGAGGUCAGUCUGACACAAGAUCCUCUGGGAGUCACUCAGACGAUGGAUCCAACCCUGCUGAACACAGGAGACCCCCCCACCCCCCGAAAGGAAACCACAGAGCUGCCUUUACUUGAGCACCUGCGCUGAGUCUGCACUAGGACGACCCCCCCCCCCACCCCUCCCCAUCCCUGAGUGACAUUCUCUGCAGUGAAAGCACAUCGCGGUCAACGACUGGAGCGGGCUCGGGCCCGUCCAGACCGGACUCAUUCCAGCCUUCGGGACUCAUUCCACCAUCCCUUGUUUUACUAAGUCAGAACGAUUUCCUCUAGCGGCCCACUGCAAUACUGUAAGGAUUCGGUCAUAAACACACACAAUCACCCCUUCUCCUUCUCAUCCAGAGGAGCAGGACAUCAGAUAGCAUGCAGAGCUUGAUGCACGUCUUGUCACAAAACGAUUUCAGCCAGCCUGUUUAUCCCAAAGUCAGUUCAUCUCGACUCACAGGGCCUGAUGAUAUACUCAUUCUUAACGUUUGUUUUCUGACAAAGGCACUCGGUGUCUCUAUGGACAACCUUUUGGUUGGAACAGUAGUGACAGGCCAGAAAGGCCAGUGCAAUUAUAAGGGAUAAUUUGCUUGAGGAGUGAUUAUUUUUCUAUACUGGAUAAUGGAGGAUUGCCUCCUGACUUUCUCACACUUGACGUCUGCAGCAGCAGGUGUUGUUGUUUUUGUUUUUUGCAUAACCAAUUUAAAAAAAAAAGAUCUUACAGUCUGUUGCUGUAUGUGCAGGUGAAGGAUACGUGGAAGCCAUGAUAAGCCUUGUUGUUUUUUUUCCCCUCCCUGACUUUACCAUGCUCACCAGACCUCCAGUCGUGUGUCAAACAAUAUUUAACAAGUACAUAUUUACCAGUUUCAGGAGCCUCCACUUCUUCUUCUUCUUCCCUGCACAUUAUACAUAUUCAACAAAACAAAACAACAACACAUCCCCACCAAAAUUUGUCUUUUUUUUUUUGUCCUCUGGGCCUAUUUCCUACAGAGGUGCCUGACAACAUCAACACUCAACAGUUCUGUCAUGGAGCAAGUUUCAGGGAAAAACAACUCCCUUCAAUCCCGGGCCAACAUGUGGUGCUUUUACCGCCAGUUUACAGUCCAUUUAGGCCUGGACACGAGUCCUGAAUCUGACUAGCAACACGGAGAUGCGGGAUGACUUGGGACAGAGCUGGCGCCCGUUAGUCAGGAUCGAUCUGUGAAAAAUUGUGUUGAUCACAAACCUACAAACUGGGAAUGUCAGAAACUUAAAUCUUUUUUUUCCCCUUUUUUUUGAUGAGUGGAAUGUCCUAUUUUGUUGUUUUUACUUUUACUUGAAGAAUCACAAGUUUCCUCUGUGUUUAAGGGGCACCGAGUUUGUUUUCUUCGGAUGACCGAUCAAUCCCUUUUCUGAUCAGAUCCACUCAGCUCGUGACUUUCUCGAUAGCAGGGACCCAGGCUGCUUUGUGCGGGGAGCUGUUUUCUUUGCCUGCAGUACGGCGCCUCCUGUUACUAUACUACUGCUUCUGCAUCUCUUGCUACUACUAAUAUACACACUACUACUGCUGUUUCUACAACAGUCGAAUCCAGCGUUUUAGUUGGAAAUAAACAAAGUUGAAUAAAUACUGAAAGAAAAGGUGGAAUAUUUAUUUGAUUAAUAUUGUCUUACAGAUAUGUUUAACGGGAUUUGUCAAUAUGGUGUGUUGAUGUAUCGGAUUCGAAAUCUGCCUUCUGUCAACUGUAUCACCGCCCUCUGCGCACCCCUCCCUCAAUUUGUUUGGUGUCAUCACAUUUGUAUCAUCUCACCAACGGCUGUCUGUUUUUUUGUUUUGUUUUGUUUUUGUUUUUUUUGUAAGCUUGUGACAUAACUGGAAGUUUCCCUGAGAAGUCACUUUAAGUUGGUUUCCCACUCUUGCACUGUUUUUGCUCCACCGCUGUGAAACACUGUUUAAGGGUUGAAGUAGAUCAGUGAACACGUAAAAAAAAAAAAAAAAGUCCGACCAGAUUUGGCCCCCGACGUCUCCUGAGGUCCAGUGGCUUUGUCCCUCAUGUGCCCACACAUCUGCAAGUGGUUGAGUGAUUCUGAAAUAACUUUUGAAUAACAGAAGACUGCCACGUAUGCUUAGAUCGCCAAAUAAUCUCCCUGAAAUGGUGUUUCCCCUGUAGGAAACUUGAAAAAGGAAGCCAGCGUUCUCACUGUCUAUAACGGGGAAAGAAGUCUGUGUUACAGACUUUUUCUGCAGGAAGACUUUUUGGCCAGCUGAAAGAGCGAUAAAAAACAGAAUGUGAAGCGUCAAGGCAGGUGGAGUACUAAAGUUACAAAAGAUGCCCCCUUUACAGUGUUUUACUCUGUGGGUUAAAACACGUUUGUCUAAUCAUUUUCUGUGGCGUUGUUUUUUUUGUUUUUCUCCCCCUGCUUUCAGCUCCUAACCACAUCUGAACAAGGGACACACCUUACAAAGCUUUUAUUUCUUGAUUUUUUUUUUUUGUUGGUGUUUUUUUAGCAGCUGUGAGAUUUCUGUCAGUCUCGGCUGUGAAGAAGCUACAACAGGUAAAAUAAAAUAAAAAUUUAAAAAGUGUCAGUAUCCCUUUCAAAACAUGGUAGUAACUCCCUCGACUCAGGAAAAACAGAGACUUUGUGUUCAGUGCUGUUUUCUGUUUUUCGUUUCUUCUCAUUCAUCUUGUAUCCAAAGCAACAGGCAGGAAUAUUGUUUUUUUUGGUUUUUUGUUAUUUUAUUAUUUUUCAUUGCUGGGAGUGAGGAAAGCACAAGUUCACAGAAAGACCUGGGUGUCAAUAAAAAGGGAUUUCUUAAUCUCUGAAAUUAUGUACAGCAUGUUUCGUAUAUAAAUAUAUAUUUAAAAUAUAAAUCUAUUUUAUUAUUAUUGGAUUUUGGGUUCUUUUACAUUUAUGACACUUUGUUGAGGUUUAGGGGAGGGACUCUUGUGUUUACCCAUCAGAGGGGAGAGCUGAGUGGAGAGAGGCACUCUUCACAUUGAAAUGUGCAGUCUGGGAAGAAUCAGUUAAUACUUCUUUUGCACAAAAUGUAUCAUACGCCAUCCCACUUUGUUUAUCGUUUUAUUAUUUUAGUUAUUUUGGGAGAGGGGUCUUUUAUUUAAGAACUUUAAGUCGAUGUUCAAUGUUCUGUACAGUUUUUUAUGUGAUUUUUUUUUUUCUCCUAUUUAAAUUAAAGGUUUUUGUGUCUUUGUUUGCAAA